GGCUUAUGUUUAAAGAACUGCAACUGAGAAGCUUCUAUUCACACGAAAGAUUCCCUUCCAAACACCGAAUGCAAUUCGUUGCACUUAAUAUUUAUACUGGGCUAAGAGCUUCUGUUUUUCGGAAGAAAGGUUCCCAUAGUGAAUUCUAGCCUGUAGAGACGUAACGCGUACGAAAGUAACCCGGUUGACAUUUCCAGCAGAAUGUAGAGCAAAAGCAACGCAAGCAAUAAAGGGGAAGAAUAAAUUUUCGGAAAGUUGCUUCUUCGAUGUUCACCAGGCAGUCUCUGUUCAACCGUGCAAUCGAAAUUUGAAGGACGUACCAGUAGUGGAAAAAAAUAGGCUGAGCGUUAUUUAUCACUAGUUUGAGGCAUUCAGUGUUACUUAUUAUUACGUGAACUAAUGUUUUUGACCGUUAUAAAUAUCGUGAGUUUUGGCUGAAACGGUAUCAUUGUUUCAAUCGUUGUGCAGCAGUAAUCAUCUCAAAAGAUACAUCAAAAUGUUCAAGAUUAUCCUUUUGAUUGCUUCCCUGGCCUAUGCCAGCGCUGGAUACGCUGGAUUUGAACCCUCACAUGGAGUACAUUACUCCUCGGCUCCAGCCGUGGGCUACAGCACUUUCGCUCACAGCCAUUCACCAUCCUUAGGUCAUGGAUAUGCCCACGCUGCUCCAGUUUUGGCUGCUCCAGUCCACUCAUACUCCUCCCCUCUGACCAAGGCUUAUUCCCACGGCUACAAUUACGCUCCAGCUCUGUCCUAUGGUCACGGUUACGGACACGGUUACGCUCCAGCCCUGUCCCAUAACAGUUACGGGCAUUCAGCCUACGCCGCUCCUCUGGCCACCAAAACCGUGACCCUAGCCCAGCCUCAGCUGUACCACCAGAACACAUAUGCCACCCAUGCUGCUGCUCCACUGUUGACCACCCAUGGCUACAACCACGGUGGUGCAUCUCAUUUUCUCGGAUACAACAACCAUCAUGGCGGCCAUUACACGUACUAGAAUAGUAGAAUCGCCAAAAAUCUGUUUAUUGCCAAAAUCCAAACACCUGUUGAUAUGAGCAGUUCAAAUGAAUUACACUUCUUCAUACGUUCCACUUGAAUGUCCGCUUGAGUUGUUUCACUUUCAUUUGAGGUGGGGAAUAGUGGGGUGAAAUGCGCAACCUGAGAACUAAACCGAAAUUGAAGCUGCAGUAUCAGCCAGUGCUGAAAAUGUCAUUUCGACAUUACUAAAUUCAAUCAUCUGCAGCUCAUUCUAGAAGUUGAACCUGCGAAUAUGGUAUAUGAAAAAUACUUGUGCAGCUAGACCAGUUCUACAAGAAAGUCGCGGAAAAAAGCUCUUUUUCAAAUAUUUAAGGUUAAUACCUCGGACUCACGGUGCUCCAUUUACCGUUAUUAUAAAAUAAAAUAUACCAUCAAAACCUGAAACGCCAUUCUUUUUAUUUAUCUAUCCUACACCUCUGGACAAAUUUUUAAAAUCAUCGUUGGGCGAAAUUUUGAGUUACGCCCUUUUAAAGGGCCUAAUCUACAAAAAAUCCAGCUUUCUAUAGAAUAACACCACAUUUUAUAACAGAAUCAUGAAUUAAAGGCAUCAAUAACAAAAAUUAUUAUGAAUAAUAUUGAAAUUUGGUAUUAUACAUCCAUAUAAAUAUCGGUGGAGUGCAUUUUCUAUCAAAAUUUGUCAUUACGUCAAUAUACGGUAGAAGUUCUUAGGGCCUAUAGAAAGCAAACAUUACACUGGUGUAACAAAUUCAAUUAAAAGUAUCUUUUAUUGUGAUUCCACAUGUCAAUAGAUGUUCAUAUUACUGUCAGUCAUAGCGAUAGUAUUCACAUGCAUAUCAGCACCAACAUUUCAAAAGGACGUAACUGAUCUUUAAAACAAUAUUUUCUCCCAUAGCUGUAGAUCGUAUCUCAUCUUCCCCAGGACAUCAACAACCACUAUCGGAAAGAAUUGCAUUUCCUCCGUCCAGUAGUGGUUGUACAUUGCAACGGAGAGAUAAAGGUUUGGUUUCGGCAAGCAGUUUCGCCAUUUUGAAAUGUUAGCAGCGAUAUAUGAAGAGCAUACACUCUUUAUACAGAAAAUCUGCUUUAAAAACAAUAGUCAGAUAUGGGUAACCACAAAUUAAACAAAAAGAAAUAUGUCUGUGUGCCAAACGGCUUAAG